AUGAUAAAAUUUGUUUUGUUUUUAUUAAUUUUCGCUAAAAAUAGUGUAUACUCUGUUGAGGAAUCCAAUGAUAAAUCAAACCCCCCAACUGAUGUGUACUCUUUAAAUGUUCAACUAGUUAAGCCUGAUGAAUCCGGAAGUGAUAUAUUCAGCAAAUCGGAUUCUAACCAUAAUUUAGUUGGUUUAAAUAAAAGAAAUUUAAGACACAGUGAAUCGGAAGCUUCUAAAGCUGUAAGUGGUGAAACAGAGCGUGUUGAUUCAAAUACUGUACAUUUUGACGUAAUUGCUGAUCUCUAUUCGCCUGGUACAGAUACUGAUAAAUCGAAAGCUAAGGAUGAUGAUGAGGAACUAGAUCCAAAUGUCCCUGAUUUUAGCGUACCAAGAAAUGAAUAUCCAAUUAGUUGGUUUGAACAAAUAGAAGAACCAGAUGCAGAUGAGCCAUGUGAAAGGCGUAAGAAAAAUAUUUUAUCGUCAACUGAUAAUUUUCACAAACCAGCAGUAAUAUUUCUUCUUAUUUCAACGUUUUUAAUGCUAUAA